CGCCGCCCCGCGGGAAGGGCUGUGGCUGCGGCUCUCCCUGCCCUGCAGCCCGGGGACGCAGGCUGUGCCCAGCUGUCUCCCCGGGGGCAGGCCACAUACAGUAAGAGGAAAUGGCUAGAAAACACGAGCACUUUGGACUAAGUUAUCUAGAAGAACUAAAUAUGAUUAAGGAGCGUGAGAUUAUAUGCAAGGAAUCUCGGCAGGAUUUUCUUAAAUUCAAACAAGCAGUAGCUACUGCUCAUACAAAUGUGAGCACUCAGCCCUUCCUGGAAGAUUUAACAUCAGAUCAGUCACAUCAGUUAGAGCAGUAUCAUCUUCAGAGGUCAGAGAGUCCACAUAAGCCUAUCACUAAUAUAAAUAAAAAUGUUCCUAAUGAAUUCAUUGGCACUUCUGAAAUUUACAGAAAAGUAAGGAUCUCUCCUGAAGUAAGAGACCUGAAAAAACAAACUCAUGAUCUCAGCAUGAUGACACAAAGAAAUAAAUCUUCUGUAAAAGAGGACAGUGCUGACAAAAAUCAGAAAAGUUACUCUGAAAAAAUAAAUAUGGAAAAUAGUAGUUGUAGUCAUGAAAGUACAAGUGUAAAGAUGCCAGUAAUAGCAUCUUUAGCAGGUACCACUAAAAAAAUCACUAUGUUAAAACAACCAGCACCACCUCGGAAGCCUAAAUAUCGCAAACUUAUUCUUCGUCCAAGACUAGUAACUUAUAACACCCCAAUUCUGUUACAGAAAGUCAAAGAUACUAGAAAAGUGCAGAGUAGAGCCCAUUCUCUAAAGAUAAACAUUCAGACUGUAAAAACAAAUAGAACCAAAGAAGCUAGCAAUGACAGUAAAGAAAGUGAUGAAUCUAGUUCUACAGAUUCUGAUUCAAGUGAAAAGGCUUCUAAACAGAAAAAAGUUAUUAGGAAAAAAGAUAAGAAAGUAUGCAGAGAACUUUCAAAAGCAAGUCAACAAGAUUCAGUUGUUGAGCCGGGAAGAGUACUGAGUAAAAGAAGCAGUGUCUCCUGCAGCCAUCCAAGUGUGAGGUCUGCUUCAGAGCAGUUGGAAGAGGCUAGAGACAUAACUAGACCAGACACUUCAAAAAUAUACGAGGAGAACUUCCAGCAGAGCAAACCAGAAGAGCUCACUUCCACACCAAAGUUGCCUGUGAGAGUGGUUGCAAGGUCUAUUGAUGAAAUAAUUGCUUCUCUGCGGUCUACUUUUCAGUCUCCCUCAGACCAGAUGAUCAAAGAACUCCUGGAGAGUGUUCUUGGCCGGAACUACAGCAUAAAAAUGGAAACAUCAGCUGAAUCUCAGGAAAAGAAGACUGAAUCUCAAGCUAAUGAAGAAAUAGUGACAGGUUUUCAGCAACCGAGCCUGACCAAAGAAUCACUUAGUGGAACAACUCCUUUUCAGGCACCAGGAACUUCACAUCCACUUUCAGAGGAUAUGCCUAGUUCUGUAGAAACCGAGGAAUAUAAAUUAAAGUUCUCUUCUUCAGACAUUUCACCCUUAUAUGAACCAGUUUUUCCAGUGCCUAAAAUUUCAGAGGAUGAAGAGAGAAAACAAGAAUCACAGACAACUGUAACAUUGCCUUUAGAGGCUGUAUCCUCAGACAUACUACAGGUGAAAGGAGAAGCAAUCAUAAAGGCUAAACCAUUUGAAGUUCAGCAAAAGCUAUCAGAAGAAUAUCUCCAGCAACAGCAAUCACUGUCUUCGCUGUCCACAUGGACUCCAGAGAUCAAAGGUCAACAUUAUCCAGUUAUUCAUCACCUGUGUACUGCUUCUCCUAGUUAUGCAUUGCCUGCUGAUCUACAGCUGGCUUCAAGAGUAUAUCAUACUUUCGACAGAAAAGGGCAUUAUCUUUUAUUUACAGCAGAGGAUCUGGACCACCAGGAGGAAGCAUCACUCUGCUCAGAAAAUAUUACUUUUCAAGAACAAAUAGAAAGAAAUAGAAUUUGUUGUUAUGGAGUUCCUGUUUCAGAACUAUACCAGGAUAAUCAGAAAGAUGGAAUUAAUGUUUUGCCUCCUCAUACAUCAAAAAGUCUAACAGAAUGGCAAAAAGUAGCUGCCUAUUAUGUUGAAAAGCCACGACUGGAACUGUUAGGAGAGAAAGUUUCUGUUCAUCCGGGAACUCUAAAAAUGUUUUGGGCUCCAGCUCCACCAAAAUUUUCUGCUCCACUAUCUUUCAUGAAGGAAACCUUAUUUCCUACGUAUGAGAGCAAUGUUAUUGAGGGUGUUGUAACUGAAGACUUUUCUGCUGACCUUCAAGAUGAAGAAGACUCAGAGUCUGAGGAUGAUCUUGACAUCUACAGUUAUAUGGUGGCAAAAAGCACACUAAGAAGAUGCCAUUCCUGCCCAGAUUUUUAUGCCACUGAAAAACUAAAGAUAAGUUUUAUUAAAAGAUCAGUCUCUGCACCAGAUAUGUCUGCUUUCAAAGACAGAACAGUGUUAAAGAUUUCUGCUAAUUUCAAAACCAGCAUGAAAGAGUUGAAGGUUAUGAAGGAAAAGAUAUCUGAGCCAGAGGUUGAGACAGAGAUUGAGAAAAGCUCCCCUGCUAAGCACCUAUUGACUAAAAGCUGUGAUGAGCCUUUACCAACACUGGUAGACAUACCAAUGGAAAGAAACCCUAUUUUUACCGGACAAGAGGAUAGUGAUGAUGACAUGGUUCUUGCUGAGAGAGCUCGAAAAGCUGGGAUUAAGUACAUUAUUUUCCCCCCAAAAAAGAAAACAAAGAAAUCAAAGAAAAUGAUAGACCGUGGAAAAUUAAAAGCUAUGGCUGAGGGAUUAAAACAACCCUCGAAGAUUCUUAAAAGCUCUGUAUCCCUUGGAAGACUGCAUAUACAGAAUAAAUUCAGUAUCAGAGUAUCUCUGGCAGUCCAACGUUAUCGAAGUCCCAGUCUCCCUUGUUUGUUAGAUUUUGAGAAAUUUGCAAAAAGGAAAGGUGGAAUUCCAAAAGACCUUGAUGAUCGUGAGUGGGUCAGAGGAAUCUGGAAUAGCUGGUUCGAUGAGGCUUUCCCUCCUAGUAGGGCUUCUACUGAGGAAAAAGAUGCUAAAGUACUAACAGACACUAAGAAGGUGGACUCUGCAGAACAAGGAAAACCUGAUCUAGAAAUAGAUCUAAUGGACUCAGCGAAUCCUGUUUUGGUAGAAGAUCUUGCUGAUAUUGAAGAUUUGGAAACAGAAAUCAAUAGACUAACACUGUUGAUUGAAAACGAAGGAAAUUCCUUAGCAUUUCACUAUUGUAGACGUGGAGCAAUAAACAGGAAAUUAGGCAAGUUAAAGUCAGCCAUGGAUGAUUUGGAAAAAGCCAUAAGCUUAGAACCACUUCUACUUAAUGCUUAUUGGCACAGGCAUUUGAUUUACCUCUUUCAAGAAAAAAAUCAAGCUGCCUUGGAUGACCUGAAUUUUAUAAUUAAAUGGAACAAAAAUAAUGCGGAUGCAUAUCUGUCAAAGGCUGAAAUUUACAGAAAUCAAGGCAAUAAUGCAUUGGCAAUCAUAAAUUGCACUUUAGCAGUGAAAUGCAACCCUACAGAUGAUGACAUUUAUUUCAGGAGAGCUGAGUUGUUGGAAGAGGAAGAGGAUUUAUUAUUGGCAAUGGAUGAUUAUGCCAAAUGUUUUCAGUAUAAUCCAAAAAGAACAGAUGCACUUAUGAAACAUGGAAUACAUUUCUUUGAGAAAUCAAUUUGGACUAUAGCUCUUCAAGAUUUUACAGCUGUGAUUAAGGAAGAUCCCAGCAAUGUUCAAGCAAGGAUAUAUCGAGGAAGAACAUAUGCUAAACGACAGCAGUAUAAAAAUGCAACCGAAGACUUUUCUGCUGCAGUUCAUCUAGACCCUUCUAAUUGGUUAGCAUUCUAUUGCAGAGGUUGCAUACUGCGAAAGAUUGAUCCAAAAAAAGCUCUGCAGGACUUCAGUGUUUCUGUGCUCCUCAAUGACUCUUUUGAAAAUCUCAGUUCUUUCAUUCACCGUGGGAUCUUAUAUUCAGAACAAUGUCAAUGGUCACUAGCAAUCUGUGACUUUGAAAAUGCACUGGCUCUGGACAGUGGUAUUGCCUUGGCUUACAUAAAUAUUGGCUUGAUAUUACUGUUACAUCUGGAUCAUUACUAUGAAGCUAUUCGACAGUUCUCUAAAGCCAUUGAAGUUGAUCCCACAAACGUUAGAGUUUAUAUUUGUAGAGCUCAAGCAUAUCAUCAGGUGCACAAUUUACAGCAUGCAUUAAGAGAUAUAAAUCGAGCCAUUCAUCUUUAUCCCACUGAAUCCUAUUUAUGCAUAAUAAGUAGUACCUCACUGGUGUUACCUCUGGUAUGGAGAGAAGGAUCCAGCAUGAUAUACAGGAUGCAGCAUGACAAAGUACAUGCAAGGGGACAGUAUUUAAUUGAGAUGAAGGAAUAUAAACUUGCAAGCUUCUGUAUUCUUCAAGUAGCAGAAAUGGGCGACGUAUCCUUUAAAACCUCUCCUGUUCAGCAAGCGCUCGUUCAGUCAUUUUGUCAAAAUCACAGUAACGCUAUAGAGUGCUUACUUGAGGUUAUUGCAAAUCAGCCUGCGCCUUCCAUGUUUGUUCUGCUAGGAAAAAUACAAAUGAAAGCCAAGAAAACCAAGGAUGCUGUGGAAAGUUUUCAACAAGCAUUAAAGAUGCUGACUUCUUCAGCAAAAAUCUUGCCUAAUACAUUUGAGGCUGCAGAAAUUUAUUAUUUCUUGGGCCUGUGCUAUAUGGAGCAAGUCAGUUUAUUACAGGCCUAUGAAGCUUUUACUCUUGCUGUCAAGGUAUACUCAAAUUAUUCUGAUGCUUUUUAUCAGCGAGGACUGUGCAGAAUGCAACUCAACCAAGCUAAGUGCAUCCAAGAUUUCAAUCGAGCGCUUGCCAUUAAUCCAAAACAUUUUCAGGCAUAUUUAAGUCGUGCUGCUUACUAUGGUAGCAAGGGACGAUACUCCAAGGCCAUUCUGAAUUGUAACGAGGCUAUCAAAAUUCAUCCUGACAGCGUGAGAGCCUAUCUCUACAGAGGAACUUUGAAAUAUCAUAAUAAGACAUACAAAAAUGCCAUUGAAGACUUAACCAAAACUAUUGACUUGGACAAAAUCUGCAUUUUGGCAUAUUACAACAGAGCAAUCUGUUAUCACCAAAUAAAGGACUAUAGAAAGGCUUUGAAAGACUAUGGAAUUCUUCUUCUUCUUGAAUCGAGUCAGGAAAUUGUCUUGACAGUAUUAAUUAACCGUGCACUACUCUAUGUGGAACUGGAAGACUACUUUAAUGCAUUAGAGGACUUUAAAGAGGCUUCAUUGCGUAAUCCAAGAAAUAGUGAGAUUUAUCAAGCUAUUGGAAUCUGCUACCACAGACUUGAGCAGUAUGAAGAAGCUGUGAAUUCAUUUACCCAAGUGCUUAAACUAGAUCCCUUUUCUCUGGAUGCCUAUGUUGCAAGAGGAAAUUCAUACAUGGAAUAUGGUCAUGAAGUUGGCAACACCCAAGCACAGAAAGACUUCCUGAAAGCAUUGCAUCUUAACCCAAAGUGUGUGAAAGCCAGAAUUUGCUUAGGAUACAAUUUACAGGCCUUUGGAAAGUUUCAGAAAGCUUGGAAUCAAUUUACAGUUGCCAUUGACAUUGAUCCAAAAUGCCAUAUUGCCUAUGACGGACGAGCUGUGAUCUGUCUUCAGAUGGGUGAUACUUUUGCUGCAUUUCAAGAUACAAAUGCAGCACUAAAGCUCACUACCACUGCUCAGCUGCUUACAAACCGGGGUGUCAUUAACCAGUUUAUGGGUUACUUAAACUGUGCUAUGAAAGAUUAUCAGCAAGCAAUUUCCAUCAACCCUGGCUAUGCUUUAGCCUAUUUCAAUGCAGCAAAUAUCUACUUUCAUCACAGGCAAUUUUCACAGGCCAAUUCCUACUAUUCCAAGGCAUUACAGCUUGACCCACAAAAUGAAUCUGCAGUCCUGAAUCGAGCUAUUACAAAUACAUUAUUACAAAAUAUCGAAGAAGCAAAAGAAGAUUUUGAGAAGGCAAUUUGUCUCUGCCCUUUCUCUGCAGCAGUGUACUUUAACAGGGCAAACCUCUAUAGAACAUUAAAGCAAUAUGAGCUAGCUGAGAAGGAUAUUUCAACAGCAUUGUCAAUUCAACCUAAUGACGCUUUGAUGUAUAAACUAAGAGCUGAUGUUCGUGGUAAAAUGGGAUUCAGUGAAGAAGCCAUUGCUGAUUACAAGCAAGCAAUCAGCAUUCAAGAAAUGAUCGAUGCAAUGUGAAAAGAUUCCAGUUCCUGCAAAACAUGAUAACAAGUUAGAUCUAUUUACAGAGAUUUGCCUUAUUUAAAUGAGAGAUAUUUGUUUAAUUAUAUCUCAAAUACUAUUUAGAAGAAUGUAUUAUGUUAGCACUAGGCUUGGCACAAAAGGUUAGUUUUUAUACUUGAAAAAAUUGUUAAUACUGUGAUAAACCAUCUUCAUUUUUAGACGAACUUCUGCACAUGUUAUCUUCCUGAAUAAUUUAAUUGCUUGAUUCAGUGCAAAAAUGGAACAGAACUAUUUAAGAACAGAAUGCUAGCAUUAAAGAAGUAAUUUCACAAAGAGAACAAUAGAUUGUCUUUAUUGAUUGGCACCAAAUGGCAGUGGGAGAACGAAACACAGGCAAAGGAAUAAAUAUCAUCGUGGAAGGCCUCAUCUUUAUUUAUUUGGGUCCAAUGUGACGUUAAAUGGCAAAAUAACCAAUAUUUAAGUUUGACCCCCUUUCAUCCAACCCUUAGGAUUCAGCCCACCUCUGAUUCCUCUCUCCCUCUCCCAGUGAUAGGGAAUGAGUGUACACACAAGGUGUACCUGAGUCUUUGCUGACUUCAAAUCUUCCUUUCUAUUUUAGGUUAAUAUGGUCCACCUGCCAUCUCCUGGACCUCUUACACAUUUGCCCCUGAGAGCUGGCCCCUUUGAGGUUCUUACCUACACUGGACACCAGCUAUAAAAUGCAACACAAUUAACAAACUGCACUAGUUAAAUUUACAAUGUGUAAAUUAUUGUUCUUU